AUGUGACAAGGACCAGAAAUAUCACACCUAGAACACAGUUUACAAAAUAAUCGAGAGGAAUCGAGGACUAACUCUUUUGCAACGGCGACAAGUGCAGGCGACCCACUUGAUCCUGCUGGUCUGGCACGGCUGACAGUGCUGGCUGAGGGAGUGCUAUUCGUGGAAGCAGAGGAUGCCAAAUGGCCAUUAGGAGUGGCCGAAUUCGGACCUAAAGAUGUAUGCUGUUGCCCAGAUGUGGUGGAUGCAGAAGAGACAUUUGAGGAAACACCCGUCAUGACGCGAUUUGAGGCAGAACUAGUCCUGGAUGAGGAAGCAAUGACAUUCGCGAUUGUGGAAGUGGAAAUAGCUGCAGAUGAUAAAGACAAUGAGGAUGAAGAAGCAGAUAUAGACACCGAUUGGCUGGCACCCGUAGAAUUGGAUAAAUGCGCGGAGCUAGGAGUGAAUCCUGUGGAGGAAGGCGAGACUCGUGAGACGACUGGUUGA